AUGCGCUUCAGGCUCUCCACGCUCCUCCUUCUCCUUCCAGGCCUCUCGUCGGCGGUUCAUCUCACUGGCUAUGACUACAUUGUAGUCGGCUCUGGUGCCGGCGGAGGACCUCUCGCUGCUCGCCUUGCCCUUGCUGGCCACAAGACUCUGCUCCUCGAAGCCGGCGACGACCAGGGGAAAAGCACCAACUAUACCGUCCCUGCCUUCUCGGCGCGCGCCUCCGAAGAUGGCGCCCUGGCCUGGGACUUCUUUGUUCGACACUACGCCGACGAUGCCCGUCAGGCUCGAGACUACAAGACCUCCUAUCGAACCAAGGAGGGCGGUCUCUAUACUGGUCUAAAUCCUCCCGAGGGGGCCGAGAUGCUAGGAACUCUAUACCCUCGAACUGGUACGCUCGGCGGCUGCACGACACAUAACGCCCUCGUGGCCAUCUAUCCGCAUCGGUCUGACUUCGAGUAUAUCGCCUCGCUGACGGGCGACGCCUCGUGGUCCCCUGACAAUAUGCGCAAGUACUUUGUUCGCAUGGAGCACAACCGAUAUCUGCUACCGCUCUUGGCCAAGGGACAUGGGUUUAAUGGCUGGCUAUCCACGGAGACGGCGCCAUUGACGAUUCCGCUCGAGGAUCCCCAGCUGCUAAGCCUCGUACUGGGCGGAACAUUCGCGCUCGGCAACUAUACCAACACAGUGAUCAACCUGGCCAGUGUCCUGGCCGGAGAUGCCAACGCCGACUCGGACAGCCGCGACAGGAAUGGCGGCUACUUCAUGAUCCCAAUUUCCGCCGGCGGAGGUGUUCGCGUCGGCUCGAGAGACUUCAUCGUUGCUGUUCGCGAUGCUAAGAACGCAGAUGGCAGUAAGAAAUACCCCCUGGACGUACGGCUGAACACACAUGUCACGAAGAUUGUGUUCGAUGAGAGCGGCGAUCAACCCCGAGCUACGGGAGUGGAGUUCCUCGAGGGGCAAUAUCUCUACAAGGCCAGCCCGCGCUAUCAGGCCGGCAAGAAGGGGACUCCUGGUUCUGCCGAGGCCAAGCACGAAGUCAUUAUCGCAGGCGGCACGUACAACUCCCCGCAGCUCCUCAAGCUUAGUGGCGUGGGCCCUAAAGCUGAGCUCGAGCGCUUUGGCAUCAAGGUCAUCAAGGACUUGCCCGGAGUCGGGACCAAUCUCCAGGAUCACUACGAAGUUACCGUGCAAGGCACCGUGCCUACCGAUUUCCAUGCGUUAAAGGGCUGUGCGUUCACGGACGACCCGGCGGAAGAUGCCUGUCUGAAGAAAUGGCAGAAUCCCCUCUUGAACCGUGGCACCUACGCCUCCAACGGCCUCGCGGUGUCCAUGCUGUUCAAGUCCUCUGCGUCCGCAACCUCAGAGUACGAUGCUUUUGUGUUCGGCGGGCCCGUCAACUUCCGCGGCUACUUCCCCAACUACAGCGUCAACGUCACCGCCCGACACGACAUCUUCAGCUGGGCGAUUCUCAAGUCACAUCCGCGCAACACGGCGGGGUCCGUUACUCUGCGCUCCGCCGAUCCCCUCGACGUUCCUCACAUCGUCUAUAACUACUUCGAUACCGGCAUUGGCGACUCCGCUGCCGAUCUGCAAGCCCUUCGCGAAUCUAUUGGCCUUGCCCGUGACGCCUUCAAGCGCCAGCUCGUGCCCGUCUCAGAGAUCCUGCCCGGGUCUGAGGUCAAGUCGAAGGAACAGAUCGAUACCUAUAUCAAGGACACGGCCUGGGGCCAUCAUGCCAGCUCUACUUGCCCCAUCGGUCGUUCGGAUGAUCCCAUGGCUGUCCUGGACUCUAGCUUCAGGGUCUACGGCGUCAAGGGUCUGAGGGUCGUUGACGCUAGUGUCUAUCCGCGCAUUCCUGGUACUUUCACUGCUGUUUCGACGUACAUGGUUGGUGAGAAAGCAGCAGACGUGAUUUUGAGCCAGUUGGCAAAGUAA